AUGAGACCCGCUACCGUGGCUCCGAAAAUAAAAAUCAACUUGAAGGACAGGACCAGGGAGAAGAGUGCUGAGAGAAGCACCGGUGAGGUCAACUAUAGAGACAGGGAUAUUGCUACGAAGAGGGAGGAGACUAGAGGCAGAUCGCCAAUACGACGUGGAGAGGGUUUAGCUGGUGGUGACAAAUACGAUAAGAAAAACAACACGAUUGAUAACGAGGUGGUGAAGAACACAGAGAAGAGCACAAAAAAGCAGGAGGUCAAUGGGAAGGCCAAUACCGAAGCCAAAGACGAAGCAGAUGAAAUUUACGUCUCCGCCGAGCCAAACGACGAAAUGAUGAAACUGAUGGGAUUUGGCAGUUUUGACACCACUAAAAACAAAAAAGUCAAAGGAAGCAACGUUUAUGCAGCACACAGGUCGAAGCCCACUGAGUACCGUCAGUAUAUGAACCGUGAAAAGGGCUUCAAUAGGCCAUUAUCGCCUCCUCCUGCCGAGAAGAAGAAGAGAAGACUCGAGAAUCGUGAAGAGAGAGCCCGGGAGAAUGAGAACUCCGUGAAGAAAUGA